GACUGCGGCUGCGCCUCUCUCGAAAGGGCAGGCGUCGUGGGGCCGGGCACUUCCGCACUUCCGCUUUCCGGCCCAGACAGCGCCCGCGAUGACUGCCACUCUCCGCCCCUACCUUAGUGCCGUGCGGGCCACACUGCAGGCCGCCCUCUGCCUGGAAAACUUCUCUUCCCAGGUCGUGGAACGACACAACAAGCCAGAGGUCGAAGUCAGGAGUAGCAAAGAACUCCUAUUACAGCCUGUUACCAUCAGCAGGAAUGAGAAGGAAAAGGUUCUGAUUGAAGGCUCCAUCAAUUCUGUCCGGGUCAGCAUUGCUGUGAAACAGGCUGAUGAGAUUGAGAAGAUUUUAUGCCAUAAAUUCAUGCGCUUCAUGAUGAUGCGAGCAGAGAACUUCUUUAUCCUUCGAAGGAAACCUGUGGAGGGGUAUGACAUCAGCUUUCUCAUCACUAACUUCCACACGGAGCAGAUGUACAAACACAAACUGGUGGACUUUGUAAUCCACUUCAUGGAGGAGAUCGACAAGGAGAUCAGUGAGAUGAAACUGUCAGUUAAUGCCCGGGCUCGGAUCGUGGCCGAGGAGUUUCUCAAGAAUUUUUAAACCAUCUAGCUGGAUCUCGCAGCCCUCCCCCCCCGUGGCCUCCCGUGUCUCUGCGUCUGCGAAGGUGUCCUGGAGUCACUCCCUGGAGCAGCGGUGCAGCAGCAGCAGGAAGCUGGGUUGGGUGGGCAUUGGAUGCGGGAGGUGGUGUGGUGUGCUUGCUAGCUGUGCAGAAAGGCAGCAGUGGACCUGCCCCCAUGGCCACAUGUGUCUGGCCUGGCUAGCUUCUGAUGCUCAGUCCCCUGGGCCAGGACAGACUUUUUUUUUAAAACGUCUUGAAACCUAAACUCUGUGCUUGUAGAAGACUGUAACCUUUUUGUCUCUCUCUUUCUCUCUCUCUUUUUUUUUUUUUUAAACAAAACAAAACCAACCUCCACCUCCAGUGGCUGUGACUGGCCCCAGUGAUUGUACCUUAUUGGUCGCUGUGGUCUGGGCGGGCCUGGAGCCAGAAGGCGACUAUUUUUCCCCAAGCCACCCCAGGUGGGGAGAGAGGGAAGUUUCAGACUACAGUUUUGUUUUUUUUUUUUUUUUCUUGCUGUCUUAAAAGCCUCCUUGGGCUAGUAGAGGUGGUGUGGACCCUCUACUAGCCUCUUGAGUUCUGCCUGAAGAUGCCCACUGCAUUGGUUGGGAACAAGGGCUGAAUCCAUGAUUGCCGGGCAGGCCUAGGAGCUGGGGCCCAGAAGCCAGGCCAACUUCUGGCGGUAGGGGCCACCUGGUGUCCAUCCAACACCCUUCCAGCUGAGAGGCCCCAAGGUUUCCCCAUCUGGGUACAGUGCCUGUGCUGGAGGUGCAGAGGUGAGUCCUGCCUGCUCAGGCUCCUCUGUUCCCAUGCUCACUGUCUCUGAUUCUGAUGAAUUCCCCCUUCCCCUAAUUAAAGUCUCUUCCUGCCCCUUUGGGGCUGCAUGA